CCUCGUCUGACUUGCUUGCUCAUAAACAACAACUUUCUAACAACAUCAAUAACUCAUCUUUGCCGCCCCUCAAACAACGCGCGCUUCAAUAUACACUUGCUUCGACCUACCAGCAUGGCUCCCACCAAAGCGGGUGACCCAGUUGCCCCAUUCGCCAAGGAGGAAAAGAUACUCUGCUUUCAUGGGCCUGUCCUGUACGAAGCGAAGAUUCUGGAUUUAAGACUUUCAAAUAACGCCUGGCAAUUCAAGAUUCAUUACAAGGGGUGGAAGAACACCGUAAGUGAAAGUGAACGGCUUCUUGUGUUUCGGGCGCUGGCUUCAGAUGGACGAUGAAAAUGCCAUUCCGCCUCAUGCUCAUGUGACAGUGGUCUUGAAAUCGUGCCUUCCAAAAUUCACGGUUGGGUAGAAUUACAAGUCCAGUGUUGCUUAGCGACCUAGCUCCUCCAUGACCCCCCUUUUCCAUUUGUGCCAGAUUCCCGUCGACGACCACAUAGAAACUCCAACCACCAACAUGCCCCCACGAGGAGGAAAUCGGAGAGCAAUCAAGGUGUCCAAGGCAUCAGGGCCAAAGAAGGCCUCGCAGAAGAUGAAUACUAAUGAAGUGUCUCAACCGCAGUGGGACGACUGGGUUCCGAGUGAUCGAGUCCGCAAGUUCACUGAAGAGAACAAGGAGAUUGCCGCCCAACUGCAUCAACAGUUGAAGCAACAACACCCAGGCCCCAAGUCCCUCAGCAAAGGAAGCAAGAAGCCCAAUGGCUCAGACUUUAGCUCGGCUCGUGGGAGCGAAGAACGACACACCUCGGUUGCAGCUCCUGGCGGGCGUGGGGGAGCACGAAGACAUCGUGAUUACGAUGUAGAAACGGUAAGUCCCAGUAAAUCUCAUUCCGUCGCUUUCCUCGUCUCGGUAUAUUCUUUGCUGGCGUGUGUCUGGACGUUCAAACCCACCCGGCGCUGGCUCUGCUGCUGGAAAAUGAGUUUGGUGUUCGCGGCUCCGAGAGCGAGGCUAGCUAGUCCGUCGUCGACCUCGACUCAACCUGGAACCUUCGGCCACCACUAAACAUGACCAACCCUCACCAACGCCAAUGGCCACAAAAUCUGGUCGAUGGACCAGUUGCUUUGCUUGAAGCGACAGACAACCACCAAUUAACAAUUGGCAUCCACCAAACAUGUCGCCCAACGCGCCCGCCACCCGGCGUAGAGCAGCGCUCUUGAAGGCACAGGAGGAUGAACCAGAGCCCCCCUUGGUCACUAGACCUAACCUCAGAAAGCGCAGAGUAAGUUUGACCUCUGAAUCUCAAACAAUUAUUCAUUCUUACUCAACACCAACCCAGCGCUCGCCAUCUCCAGAUUCGCUCUCUAAAGAAUCUGACUCGUUGUCCACUCAGUCUGCCUCGUCUGAGCCGCAGCCCCCACAGGACAUGUCUACUGAGAACUCUACUCCAGAGGUCACCACUGCGCCCACUAGAGCUACCAGAAGUAAACCAAAUAGCUCAAGUUGGAAGGACCCUCGUAGUCCAGAUUGGGAUGUUGCACGCUUUCUUGAGUGUGAAGAUAGUGUUAUCUCCGACCAUCUCCUCAAGGCCCCUUCAAAAGGUUACGUUUAUCUUGACGCCAAUGGAAACUUGAAGGACAGAAACAAAUACGCAAAACUUGCCGCCUUUGAAAAGCAGAUGGCACAGCGACGAAGCGGUGUUGUGAACGAACCCACAUACACUAAGCCCCAUCCUAAACUUCAGGAACACAUCAAAAAUCGCACCGACACCCCAAUGAUGCACAUCUACUGGAGUGGAAUUCCAAGUGACAUCAAUAUUCCCAUGGCCGGUAUUCCUCGAGACGAGGCUCUCAGACUUGAAGCUAGGAAGAAUGGGUUUCUAGUUACAGGGCCUUCUGAGAGAGUCAAGCCUAAGCAUGGCAGGUCUCUGAGCAAGAGCACGAUCGUGGAUACUGACAAGGCUCUGUUCCCCAACUUGAUUUUCAAGUCAAAGGUCGCUUCAGAGCCAGAACCGCAAGCAGAGUCAGAAGUCCAGCGAUUUGAAGAUCUUCUUGCGCAUUUCACACGUGCAACCGCAAAGUUCUGUAGUCUAACAUCAAACCAGGAAGAAACGUUUCACUCUCGUCCAUCCAUUAAGGUUGGCGUUCCGGAUCACAUCAAGGCUAUCUUGGUUGAUGAUUGGGAGAAUGUAACCAAGAACUCGCAACUUAUACCACUUCCCCGCGCUAGCCCCGUUAGCACCAUCCUAGCAGAUUACAUUGAUUGUGAGAUGCCAAGACGACAAGUAGGUAGUCCACAAGCAGAUAUCUUGGAUGAAGUCGUUGCUGGCUUGAAGGAGUACUUUGAGAAAUCUCUUGGCCGCCUUCUCCUCUACAAGUAAGUUGAAUUGUUAUUGAGGAUUGGCUGGUGCAAUUGCUGACACCUGAUAGAUUUGAGCGUCACCAAUACGUUGAAAUCCGUAGUGCUUGGGAAAACAAGGAUAGUGAACUCUAUGGCAAGGGUCCUGCUGAAACUUAUGGAGCGGAACACCUAUGUCGCCUCAUCGGUUUGUCACUUCCACUUAUUUUAUUCUGCCAAGACAUGCUAACAAACAAAAGUUACACUCCCUGAGCUGAUUGCACAAACCAACAUGGAUGUCCAAUCUGUCAAUCGGCUUCGUGAAGAACUCACCAAGCUUACCAUGUGGUUGGGUCGCAAUGCCGAAAAGUACUUCUGCAAGGAGUAUGAGACACCGAGCGGCGAGUACGUUGAGAAGGCAAAAACCCUCUAAGUGGUUGUUUUUUGUCAUCGUGGGAAUCAUUACGGAGAAUGGCGUUCAGUGGUUCCUCUUUUUGGGGACAUGCGUAGCGAAGUCGCGAAGUUUUCUCUUUUCAUUUUUCUCGAGAACUGUCUGUAAAAAACGCAUGGGGGAUCACUUUUUUAUUUCUUGCUUUGUUUUUUUAUUUCAUUUUCAUUGUACCUUGAAAGGUCAUUCAUCCUCACGAAUCUCGUUCGCGACUAUGGAGGUGCCUUGGUACCUGCGGAGGAUAGACGGGGUACUUAAAGGUUUUCAUCCUCACGAAUUUCGUCCACGACUUUGGUGGGCAUGGCGCCUUCUUGUGAACCUGGGCUUGCUUUGGGGGCAUUCUGAUGGAGGAAUCGAUACAGUUGCGCUGAACAUUCGGCAGAACCAAAAAAGAACAAUAAUACAUUUCUGAUGGACGACGUAAUAUCGUUGUUUUAUAUCAGGGAUGAGAUGAGAACGAGU